GAAGUCAGACAAGCACACGUACUCGUGCCACCACAAUAGACCUAUUUCUGGGGGGGCUCACACACAGACCUCUCCUCAUACUCUGCCUGACAGCCACUUACUUUGAAACACAAACACACAUCAUGGCUGACAGGAACGCAGGUCGUCCCAUCGUGAAGAAAAAGGAGAAGAAGUCAGAGAACAAAACGGAUAAAGAGAAGGAGAAAGAAAAAGAAGAAAAAGAUAAAGGCGUGAAAAAGCCUGAUAAAACAGCGAAGAAGUCUGAGAAAUCCGAAGAACAACCGCAGACGCAGGAAGAGAAGAAGGGAGAUGGUGGAGCAGGAGCAGGAGAGGGGGCAGAGGGGAAGAUGGAUGGUGUGGAAGAGAAUGGAGAGUUCCAGCCUAUAGACCUGCCACCAUUUGAGAUCGUCACAGGGGAACAAAUGAACCCGUUUUAUUUCAAGUUCCAGUUCAGGAACGUUGAAUACUCAUCCGGGAGGAACAAGACCUUCCUGUGUUUCCGAGUGGAGACACCAGGGGGCAGUGUGGAGCCUCUGCAAGGCUUCAUGGAGGACGAGCAUGCCUUGGCACACGCAGAGGAGGCUUUCUUUCAGCAGGUGCUCCCUCACUAUGACCCCAACCAGUGUUACGAGGUCACAUGGUACGUGACGUCCAGCCCCUGCGUGGCGUGCGCCACCAAACUCGCCGACAUCCUCCGUCAGAGGAAGAAGCUCUGCCUCACCAUCCUCUGCUCCCGCCUCUUCAUGUGGGAGGAGCCAGAGAUAGGGGAGGGGCUAAAGGCCCUAGUGGGCGUGGGCUGUAAGUUGAGGAUGAUGAAGCCGACAGAUUUCCUGAAGGUGUGGGACACCUACGUGGAGAAGGAGGAGCAGAUCUUCGCUCCCUGGGAGGACUGCCAAGACAACUAUGUCUAUUAUGAGGAGAAACUGGCCGAGAUCUUGAAGUAGAAAUGUGUAUUACCUUAUGCUUUACUUUUUUAUUUACCAAAUGUUAGAUAAUUAUAGAUGUCUCUUACAUGCAAGUAUAAGGGAGUGCCUUAUGACGUUUUGCGUCGUAGAAAAACAGCCAUUGGUAUUGGUUAGCAAUACAAAUGUAUUUUUUGUACUUUAACAUACAUAGAAUACUUCUUAAGGUAUAUUAUAUUAACGGGAGGGUUUCAUAUGGAUUUGAAAAACAACACAGCUACUUAAGAAGCACAACUAAGACAGGAAACUGAAGAAAUAGCAACAAGGAUAAAUAUAUACUGUAGCUGCCACCAUCUGGUGGUAUUGUCAAGAACUACACUAUUUAAACAUUCAUAUACUGUACAUGCAAGCUGACAUCCGUUCCAUAGAAGGUUCUGGAAUAUUAACUAUAUUUAAUAGUUUACUAUGUAUUGGUUCAUCCUAUUAUAGACCCAUACUGAGGAUAAGAAGAUAAUAAAAAGGUUUAAAAAGUACUAGCUUUACAUGGACAAAUUGAAUUAGGAUUCAUAUAAAUACAUUGGAAAAUACCUGAAAGAUACAUCAUAAAACAAUACAAAGUAUUUAAUCUUCAGACUUGAACUUAAAUAUACUUCUCAUAACCCAGACAAGACAGGACAAGUAUUUGGCAAAUGGUAGAACGUUAAGUACUACUAUUUCUUCACCUUAGCAUUUUCCCGAGUUCUUCCAGUUGAUUCAGAUACAUGCGGACUCUCCUAAUCUAGACGUUAAGAGCUAAAGUUCUAGCAGUAGACAAAGAGCUCAUGUGUACAGGUUAGGCUGAGAGAUCUAACGGACCAGGUGAUUAUUAAGAAUGGGGGCAGUGGAUGAGAGAGUAGAGCAUUGUGACAUAUUCUGGAUUGUCAAUUGUCCUGAGACAUGAAGGAGACCAUACCUCCGUUUGCCGCCAGUGUGUCAGUGUUCUGAGAUGACAUCACUAAGGGGUGGAAUGAAAGAAACAGUUUGUCACUGUGAGACAGUACCAAAAGGUUUGUAUAUGUAUACGUCCAGUAAAGUAUAGUACAGUACAUUUGG